AUGCCCCUCCCUUGGAAACGCCUCAUCCGCUUCAUCGCAACAGAUGGACGAACGCUCCGGGGCGAACCAAUCCUACCAACACCAACAACAGACCUAGGCUUCAUCACAGAACAAGAUAAGCUGCAAGCGCGGGUGAUUGAAGGAGAUGAUAUCUACGAUACGACAGGAAAGACCCGCAUCACGGAUGAGAUUGUGACCGUGCGGACGAUUCUGGGGCCGUUGACGCAGGAGGAGGUUCCUAUACUGCGGUGUGUAGGGCUGAAUUAUGCAAAGCAUAUCAAAGAAGCAGGCCGAACACCACCACCCUUCCCUUUCAUAUUUUUCAAACCAAACACCACUGUGCAUGGCCAUGGCCAACCAGUUGAAAUCCCCAAACUCGCCCAAGACGAACAAGCAGACUACGAAGGCGAACUAUGUCUCAUAAUCGGCGAGCCGGCCAAAAACGUCCCCAUCGCCUCUGCUCUCUCCCACGUUGCAGCCUACACGGUCGGUAACGACAUAUCCUCCCGUAAGCUCCAACGCGACCCCGCCCUAGCAGGCCGUGUCCCGCAAUGGGGAUUCUCCAAGGGCUUCGAUACCUACGCGCCACUGGGACCGUGUCUUGUUGCUGGGAGCGAGAUUGCGGAUCCAGGUACGUUGCUUUUGAAGACGGUCGUUGAUGGGGAGGUUAGACAGGAGGAAAGCGUGAGUGACUUGUUGUUUGAUUGUGCGUAUUUGGUCUCGUAUCUUUCGCAAGGGACGACGUUGCAGAAAGGGUGUGUUAUUAUGACGGGGACGCCUGGUGGUGUUGGGGCUGGACUUACGCCGCCGAGGUAUCUUGUACCAGGGACGCAGAUGGAUGUGUCGAUCUCGGGGAUUGGAACUUUAAGAAACGGUGUGGUUUUUGAGUGA